CGCCCCCUCCUUCCCACCCACCGCCGAUGCCGCCUCUCUCUCCCACCCACCCCGAUCCAUCUCCUCCCCCGGCGGGAUUCGCCGCUCCACUCUCUGCCCCGCACACCACUCGUCAUCCCCUCCUCUUUCUCCUAGAUCUCCAUACGCCGCCGCCAUCCUCUCCCCUUCCCUCACCUCGCCCCCCGAUGCCAACUGCGACGGUCAUGCGUGUGCUACAUGUGCAACUGACGGUCGUGCGUGCUGCUGGCGGACAUGGAGGAGUCCGCGCAGCCCAAGCCCGCCAACCCCUCGGAACCGGAGCUCUCCUCGGACCCGCCCAAGGGCGCGGGAACGAACGCGGAUGGCUGGCGCCGAGGCCACCGUCGGGAGAUCUGACUUCGCCGACGGGAAUGGGGCCGGAUCCGGCACGCCCGAGCGCUCCAUCCUCGUCGACAGGGAUGACUACAUCCUGGCAGGUCCGAGCACUCCAUCUUAUGGGUCCGAGCGCUCCAUCCUCGACAGGGACGACGGGGACGACUACAUCCUCGACAGGGAUGACUACAUCCGCCAGAUGUUGCGCCGGGGCGCCCUCACGCGGCCCUACCGCGGGAUCACCAACGCCUUCGCCCGCGUCCUCCCGCUCGCCGUCGCCAAGAUCCUCCGCGCCCUCGCGCUCCAGGAGACCCCCGGCCUCCUCAUCCUCGGCAAGCAGAGUGCUCCCUCCAGGUGAAGUCGCCCACUGCAGCGCCGAGGGAUUCAUCUCCAAGGACGAGUUCCUCUCCAUCCCGGAGUUCUCCACCAACCCGCUCUCCCGAGGCGGCGAAUUUUGUUCCCCUGCUCGCUUUAUCCCUGUCGUUCCAGCUCCAGAUGACUGACUGACUGUAGUACUCGCGCGUGCCGGCGAAGCAGAUCCUUCUUGUUUUUAUGCGCUGUCCUUGGAUUACACACACUACUUGCCUGUACUACUAUUCUCCUAGUAGUAUUGUAUACAACUCUGUCAUCAGUCAAUUUGGAUAACAGUUGGGAUUCCUCAGGAAGGAAGUAUAAUGGGGAAAAAACUAAUCAGGGUUCCCCACUCAAUCAAGGAGCUAGGUGCAUCUGAAAAUGUUAUUCCAAUUGCCUCACAGAACCUGUACGCAAUCGAUCGGCAUAGGGAGUUUUACCACGGUUGAACACAUGUGGAACACAUCAAUCCACCCACUGAUUUUUUUCACUUGAUACCUGUGCUGCUCUUUCUCUAUCUAUGUAUGUAUCUAUCUAUGUAUCUAUCUAUUCCUACCAAGCAAAUGGAAACAAAUAGUGGAACACUACCUAAUCUAGUCUUGUAUAGUUUCAGGUGUAUAAAUUACAGACAGACUUGUAUGGUUUUAGGUGUCCCCUCUUCAUUCAUUUCCUAAUCUAGUGUAUACAGACUUGUGUAGCUUGUAUACUCUAUUCUUUGCCAAUACUCUAUUUUUUCAGUGGAACAUUAUCUCUUGCUUGCUUGCUUGCACACCCUCUUAUUUUUACUACUUGUAUAGUUUGAUUGAUAUAUGCUUUCUAUGUCUGUAUGGAACCUAAAAACAAACAUGCCAUACAAGGAAAUGGAAGGCUUGUGUAGUUUCAACUGUUCGUUGCCAAUGAUUAAUCAUCUUGUUUGUUUUUUGGCUGCAUCUGACAUACAUUCUUAUGCCUGUUUACUCCAGGUCAGGCUCACGUUUCCCCUCCCGCCAGCCGACGCACUGCUUGGAAAUAGAAAUGAAGCGUCAAUGAUAUGAACCGCAACAACAAUUGACAGAGGGCCAUGGACCCCAGAAGGGACGCAGCUACUGGCUCUGCGCCCUAGAGAGCUAUGCAUGCGCCAUUGGUUUUGUCGUCCACCGCUCCUCCCCGUGUUCCAGAGUACCUUGCUCGUUGCUUCGUUGAAUUUCUUGGCUGGUGCUCGCAAUUGCGUGGUUUGGUUUCGUUUGACUUAGCACUGAAUCCCUCAAUUUACCAUUCAGUGAACAAUCCUCUCAUGGUAUUUGUCUACACUAGAUUACUCCUACUGUUAUGAUGAUGUGUGAUGAUGAUGUGUGUGAUGAUAGACACCUUGCAACUAGCCACACAUGUACUGAUAGUUUAUUGUGAUUAUUACUA